CCAGGGGUCCCCCUGCUAGAGGGGGGCCAGGGGUCCUCUUGGGCCGUGCGCCCCUGGCCGCGUGGCGGGGUCCGCCCGAUCCUCUGCUCGAGGUUUUGGCCCGGGGUGUGGGGGGGGGGCUCUCCUCUCUUGCCCCGAACCCGCCCAGGAGGGCUCCCCGGCCGCCAGGCGCAUAUCGCCGCCCCCCCCCCCCCCGGGAAGAGGGGAAAGGGGAGCCCCGACCCCAGAGCGACGAGUGCGGGCGGGACACUCACCUACAGCGGCUGCACCCACCGUGACACGCACCCAUGUGACUUACACACGCCGUCUGGCACUGGGCGAAUCGCAGCCUCCCGCCGCCCCCGCCUCGCCCUGCCAUCCUCCCGCACCGCAGCCAGGGCCGCCGUCCCCAAGCCCACCCCAAGUUCAGGGCGUCUCCCCAUCCGGGCUGCAGCUUGUGCUCCUAGCGUGGCGGGAAGGGUGCGGGGCAGCCCGCUGUCGCUGGAGGCCAUGGCAGAGUACGGGACCCUCCUGCAGGAGCUGACCAACAACAUCACCCUGGAGGACCUGGAGCAGCUCAAGUCAGCCUGUAAGGAGGACAUCCCAAGUGACAAGAAUGAGGAGAUCACUACGGGCAGUGCCUGGUUCCACUUCCUGGAGUCACACAACAAGCUGGACAAAGACAACCUCUCCUACAUAGAGCAUAUCUUUGAGAUCUCACGCCGGCCUGACCUCCUCACCAUGGUGGUGGACUACAGGACCCGUGUGCUCAAGAUCUCUGAGGAGGACGAGCUGGACACCAAACUCACCCGCAUCCCCAGCGCCAAGAAGUACAAAGACAUUAUCCGGCAGCCCUCUGAGGAAGAGAUCAUCAAAUUGGCUCCUCCACCGAAGAAAGCCUGAGCAAGGGGAGGAAGGUUGGACCUUCAUCGGACCACUCCCUCCCCCCUCCAGGGCCGGGGCAGGGACACCCACCCACCCACUUACUAACCUGGUCCUAACCCUCUGUGCGCGUGUGUGUGCGUGUGCGCACGCUCUGGCUGUCUGUCUGUGUGUCUAGCUCACCUAGUUCCUCUCCUUGUGAGGGGAUGGGGGUCAGGGGCUGGGGCUGCUGAGCCCCCAUCCCACUUCCCUUUCUUCUACUCUAAUCCCACUCUCAGAUGUGGGAGUAGAAAAGACCUGGACUCCCCUAUGUGGAGCCCAGGUGGGGGAUGGUGACGUGUGGGAGAGGGGGAGCAGGGGGAAGUGCAGAAGCUACCCCAAGGGGCCAAGAAAAGCUUCCCCUGCAGGGAGGGCUGAGGAGUUGGGCUUCUGGCUGGCCCUUUGGUUGGAGGUCCCUUCCUGUUCCCUCCAGGAAUGGGGCAUGAAUGUGAGGCAGGGACUUAAUGGGAAUGAGGACCACUGGAUUCUUUGCCCCAAGUGCACCUGUCAUUAGACGUCCCCCAGCUCUAGGACUGCACAGGAUGUGUGCCCACUGAGCCCGAGUGGGGUGAGGACAGCCCCCCCUCACCCCUGCUCAGACUGUUGAUGUGCAGACCCUGAACCUUAGGAGUAGGGGUCCCCCUCCCACCCCUCUUACAAAGUCCCCAGUACCCUCAGGCCCCUCCCCCUGGUCUACAGGUGCCAGCUGGAAAGAAAAAGGUAGUGAAUUAGUUUCCUUUGUAUUAACCCCCAUUCAACCCAGAGGGGCACGGGCAAACCCCUAUCCUUCAGCCUCUGGCGCCUUGGGCUUGUGACUGCCUCCUCGCCACAGCACUAGAGUACCGCCACCCCCACCCCCGACCGUGCUAACUGUGUGUACAUAUAUAUUCUACAUAUAUGUAUAUUAAACCCGCACUGCCAUGUCUGCCCUGGCCUGUGUCAUGUCAGCUGUCUAGGAAGAAUGGGAGGGAGGGUGGCCUGGUGUGAAACUCUGAAACUCAUGCCAUCUGAACCUCCUGGCAGAAGCUUCAGCUCUUGGGAUGUGUGUGGGGGAAAGGGGCUGUUGGGGGAGGGAAAAGUUGGGGGUUGAAAAGCACCCCACGUUCCCUCUGCUUCGGACACUGCCUUAACACCCUAUGCUGAACUUGGGCUUGCCUUAUAGGACCCCCCCAGUGGGCUUUCUCCUCCCCCAGGGAAGGGACCCAUAGGUCCUUGGAGAGUGGGAGAAAAUGUUGAACUGUCCUUGUGGGUUGGGUAUGUGGUGUGAGAGGACUAGGGAAGAGUGUGCCUCGGAGAAAGGAGAAGGGAGACAGGGCUGUUAGGGUCGUCUUCAGCAGUUCGGUCAUUUGUGAGGCUAAAUCAUCUAAAAAGACUAACCUCCCUACCCCUUCCUGUGUUCCUUCUGCAGUGUGCACGGACCCUCCUAACCCCAGAAUAAAGGUGUACCGACCUGA